AUGGCCUUGGCCCCAGCCUUCACCGUCAUCAGCCCAGGGGCGACCCCGACCGUGACGACCCUGGCGCAGGAGGCAAGCACAGUGCGCCGCAACGUGACGGGUGGAUCCAGUGGUGCAGGUGCCGCUGUCACCGUGGCUGGUUUGGCAGCUUGUGCUGCCGUGAGCCGCGGGGCAACCCGAAGCCGCCGAGCAAGGGGGCCAGUGAUGGUGGGCAACGCCAAUGCAACGGAGUCCUACUACCGCGACCACCUGGUGGCCUGCCGCGCGCAGCUGAAUGGCGUGGAUGCUCCUACCCCAGAGGAGACUGACAAGCACAUGGAGGGCAUCCAGGCCUUUGCCAAGCAGGCUUUGGCAGGUGCCUCUGCCGCCAUGCUGUUCACCAGUUCCAUGGAGGCAGCUGUUGCAUACCCCAUCUUUGCCCAGCAGAACUAUGCCAACCCUCGUGAGUACACUGGGAAGAUCGUGUGCGCCAAUUGCCAUUUGGCCAGCAAGCCCAUUGAGGUGAGGCUUCCUCAGGCGGUGCUCCCCGACACCAUCUUCAAGAUGGAGGUUGAGGUGCCAGCCAAAUACGCCAAGCGCCGCCAGCCUCAGGCUGAUGGCUCCAAGGGCCCCAUGAACAUUGGCGCCAUUGCCGUGAUGCCUGAGGGAUGGAAGUUGGCUCCCAAGGAUCGUCUCCCCAAGCCCCUGAAGAAGGAGAUGAAGGGCUUGGCCUGGGCUCCAUACAGCAAGGAGUACCCGAACAUCGUGGUGGCGGGCCCAGUGCCAGGCGAGACUUAUGAGAAGAUGGUGCUCCCAGUGCUUUCCCCAGACCCCAACACCAACGACAAGGUGAUCUUCGGCAAGGGGAUCUUCUACUUCGGCGGCAACCGCGGACGUGGUCAGGUGGACCCGCGGGUCGAUGGACCGUUGGACCGAUGGACCCGGGUCUAUCCUGAGGGCAACCAGAGCAACAACAACCAGUUCCUGGCCUCUGCCACUGGCACCAUCUCUGCCAUCGACGGCUUGAAGGAGUGCCUGACAGGUGCUGACAUCGUGGUGCAGGUGGGUGAUGAGGUGACCAAGGAUGAGCCCAUCACCACCAAUCCCAAUGUGGGUGGCUUCGGCCAGGAAGAGAAGGAGUGCAUCCUGCAGGACAUGAACCGCGUCUACGCCUUCUGCGCCUUCGCCUUCUCCUGCUUCAUUGCUCAGCUCAGCUUCGUGUUGAAGAAGAAGCAGUUCGAGAAGGUCACUGCGGCGGCCAACCAGGGUGUGCCCCUGCGCUUUCUGGGCCCCAAAGACAACGGCAUGUUGCAGGGCUAUGCGCAGGCGAUCCGCAACGCGGAGUUUUCCAUGGAGGAAGUGACCACUGGCUUCAAGAGCGGCUCCGAUGUAAGUUGCGCGGGAGUGCGACGUGAAACGCAGAUUUUUUUAUCGAAGAUGACACCCGUCACCGCUGCCUUCCUGGCUAUGCGCAGCUUGCGAAGAUUAGAAGCACAGAUGAUACCGCCCGUGGCAUCCCAGAACUUGAUGGCUUUGCAUCGCAAAAUCUCCUUAAAACCGAAAGACUACAGCCAUGGCUGUGAUGCGGCGGCCAGUACCGAGCUGGCUCCCGAGAUGCUGGGUGUGGAAACGCCCAAGGUGCCGGGAGAUGUCUCCUUAGCUGGCACCUUGUCCAGCUGCAGCGUGGCGGAAUUGGCCAAGCGCUAUAAGGCCUGGCUCUAUCUGAACCCCAAGGGCCUCAGCUCCCACUUCACCUCCGGUCCACGCAUUUCCAAUCGUGCUGUCGGUCUUCCGAGCGACCAAAUAAGAAGCGCGGGCUGCCGGUUGGUGAUUUUGGAUUUCUUCCGUCCACCAGUGCCUGCAGAGCAGACGCAACAAUUACUGCAAGCCAUGAGUCAAUUGCCCAGACCCUUGAUGGUUCAGUGCAGCACAGGCACUCGCUCUUCUGCGUUGCUCAUUUUAUGGUUAGCGAAAGUAUCAGGUCAUAACCUGGAAGCCACCCUGCGAGUAGCAGAGGACAUGAAAUGUCUCCGUCGCUUGAUGGACUCGGGCUGGGUCCACGAGUGGCUACAGCCAGAAUUGAAUUCUCCCCUGGAGGUGGUACAGCCUUCCGGUUAUUUGUUGGAAGCCUUUUUUGAAGCCGCCACUUCGAGUCUCAGCUACCUGGUGGUUUGCAAAACCACUAAGGAAGCAGUGCUGAUCGACCCCUCCCUGAAUCGGACGGAGGCGUAUCUGGAGCUGUUGGAUGAAGCUGGAAUCAAUCUGAAGUAUGUGAUCAACACACACUGCCACUAUGACCACGUCAGUGCCACAGGCAGCGAUGCGCUGCGGGCGCGAAGCUCCGGUCUGCGCCUCUUGAGUUCCAAGGAGUCCGGCGCGGCAGCGGAUGAGUUCCUUUGUCAUGGCCAACUGGUCCAUUUUGGCAACUACCGCUUAGAGGUCCGUGCCACACCAGGCCACACCGCGGGGUGUUUGACCUACGUCCUGCAGGGCCCUGACGACCCCAAGGUCACCUUCACGGGGGACACCUUGUUGGUCCGCGGCUGCGGGCGGACGGACUUCGCCUCAGGCGAUGCCGGGCAGUUGUACGACAGCAUCCAUCAGCAGAUCUUCACCUUGGACCCCACGACGCAGAUCUACCCGGCACACGAGUACAAUGGAAGCAACAACUCCACGGUGGGCGAAGAAAAGGCCUACAACCCGCGCCUGACGCACUCCAAGGAAGAUUUCAUCCUGCUGAUGGACGAGUUAGAACUGCCACAACCGCGUUUUCAAGAGGCCGCCGAAGGAGGCCUGCGGAAGCCCAACGUGAUCCAGUUGUAACCCCCGCUGCACGGCGACGGGGAUCACCGGCACGGCCCGAUCAUCCCAUGGGUUGAUUAACGAAACGGCCCGU